ACUGCAUGUGUGUCUGCCCUGAUCUCAUUAUUUGUCAUUCAGGCUUUAAGGAGCAUGUUGCUUGUGGCUACGCUGCAGUUCAUCAGAAUGACUGUGACUAUUUUAAUCUUUCUACUCAUGAUUCAUGGGGUUUCUAGUGCUGAUUGGGGUGUGAGUUACAGACAUUCACACAUCUGUGCACUAAAAAACUCAUCAGUGAUAAUGAGCUGUACUUAUAAAUACCCCGCUAAAUAUAAAAUCAAUAAAGCAUUCUGGACCAAAACACUUGUUAAAGAUAAACAUGAGGAGAUUCCAGAUCUCUCUGAGGAUCCUAAAUACAGUCAGAGGCUUCAGUAUCUGGGAGAUAAAAAGCAGAACUGCACCAUCAGACUGAGUCAUGUGACACAGAAAGAUUCACACAUGUACUAUUUCAGAUUCAUCACUGAUAAACCUGUUAUAAAAUGGCUUGGUACUCCAGGAGUGACUCUUACUGUCACAGAUCUUCAGGUGGAGUCUCCUGAGAGAGUGACAGAGGGAGAUUCAGUCCGUCUGACAUGUAAAAGCAGCUGCACUCUGACUGACAGAGCAACAUUCAUCUGGUACAGAAACUCACAGCCAUUAACUGAGAGAAGAGACAGAAACAAUGAACUCCUGCUGCAGUCAGUCAGAAGAGAGGAUGCAGGCAGAUAUAGCUGUGCUCUACAUGGACACACUUACAUCUCUCCUGCUGUUCAUCUCAAUGUCACGUAUGCACCUAAAAGCGUCUCAGUGUCCAUCAGUCCAUCUGGUGAAAUAAUGGAAGGUGAUUCAGUGACUCUGAUCUGCAGCAGUGAUUCAAACCCACCUGCAAAAAUCAGCUGGUUUAAAGGAAGAACAUUUAUAGGUUCUGGAAGAAUCUACAUCAUCUCAAAGAUCAGAUCUGUUCACAGUGGAAAAUACAAGUGCAAGUCCAUCAGUACACAUGGAGAACAAUACUCUCAUGCUGUGACUUUAAAUGUCAUGUACCCUCCAAAGAGUGUCUCAGUGUCCAUACUGUCUGGAUUUGCUGAAAUAGUGGAAGGUGAUUCAGUGACUCUGAUCUGCAGCAGUGAUUCAAACCCACCUGCUCUGAACUUCAGCUGGUUUAAGGAGAAUCAAAGCUCAUCUGUUGGAUCUGGACAGAGUUUCAGUGCACUACAGAGUGGACGCUUCUACUGUGAGGCUCACAAUCAACAUGGAUCUCAGAGAUCAGACGCUGUUACUGUCACUGUUAAAGUACUACAUUGGAAGAUGUCUCAUACAGCCAUUGUAGUAACACUUUGUGGAAUUGUAACUGCUGUCCUCAUUGCAUUACUUACCUGCUGUGUGAACAGGAAGAAACUGCAGUCCAAGUCUCUCACAAACAGUUCUGAUGACUUGAGCGUAAUAUUUGAUCCUAAGCUGUUCUCAUAUGUCUAUGAGAAUGUGACGGCUGUUCAUCCUUGCACUAGCACUCCUGCUUCAAAAACGAUCGUCCCUCUAUAUGAGAAUGUUACAGUUUAUGAGAAUCUUAGAACUAACAGGAAUGUGAUGUAGUGGACGAUGACACACACCAAAACAUUUACGGCCUUUAUGCAUCUCUUUGUGGGUGGAGCCUUGAAUGAUUGACAGGAGGAGUGUCCAAUGAUGCUUUACUGAGUAUUUUUAAAGGGGUGCUAUUAUGCUUUUACAUUUUUUGAAUAUUAGUCAGUGUGUGGUGUGUAUCUUUGGGCAUAAAAAAAGAUCAAAGUUACAAAUCUCAAAGUCCACUCCAAAAGGAGAUAUUUUGUUUUUUAAAAAUCCCUUUUCAAGAAUUACAACGAACGGUUCCUUUGGGCUACAGCGUUUGUUUUCUGCAUGAAAUGACGUCACAACACGGUCCAUUAGAAUAUCAUCCAAUUAAAUCCCGCCUACGGAAAUACAAAUUGUUGGGGGGUGGGUUGGGACG